ACCGUGAAACCAUUCACCUGUGCGCCACAAACUCGGGCGGUGAUUGGUCCGCUUCACCGUGGCCGUCCAUGCCCUAAGGUGACGUCAGGAGGAACGCUGCUGGUGGAGGUUACCGCGUGCAGACUCAGCGGGAGCGCUCCGGGUUGGAGAGACGGCGUGCGGCUCGUGGCAGCGACAUCGGACCUUAGUGACAACACAUUUUCAGGAAUGGGAAACCACAUUGUUUCUGAGCGUCACGACAAGAAGAUGCCACUGGGUGAGGACUGUCAUGCCUGGAAAAAGAAGACCACUGACAUAAAGGAGAAGUAUGACUUCAAGGAUAUCCUGGGCACGGGGGCUUUCUCUGAGGUGGUCUUGGCUGAGGAGAAGAGGACCCAGAAAUUGGUGGCUAUCAAGUGUAUCCCCAAGAAGGCCCUAGAAGGCAAGGAAAACAGCAUUGAGAACGAGAUAGCAGUACUGCACAAGAUUAAACACACCAACAUUGUAUCUCUGGAAGACAUAUUUGAGAGUAAAUCACACCUCUACCUUGUCAUGCAACUGGUGUCUGGUGGGGAACUCUUUGAUCGUAUCAUAGAGAAGGGCUUCUACACAGAGAAAGAUGCCAGUAAGCUCAUUCAGCAGAUCCUGGAUGCUGUCAAAUACCUCCAUGACAUGGGCAUUGUGCACCGUGACCUCAAGCCAGAGAAUCUGCUGUACUACAGCAUGGAUGAAGACUCCAAAAUCAUGAUCAGUGACUUUGGUCUGUCAAAAAUUGAGGGCUCUGGCAGUGUGAUGUCAACAGCCUGUGGAACACCUGGAUAUGUUGCCCCUGAAGUUUUGGCUCAGAAACCCUACAGUAAAGCAGUGGACUGCUGGUCUAUUGGUGUCAUAGCCUAUAUCCUGUUGUGUGGUUAUCCUCCCUUCUAUGAUGAGAAUGAUGCCAAACUGUUUGAACAGAUCCUGAAAGCAGAAUAUGAGUUUGAUUCUCCUUACUGGGAUGAUAUCUCUGAUUCAGCUAAAGAUUUUAUAGUGCAUCUGAUGGAGAAAGAUCCCAGCAUGCGUUACACUUGUGAGCAGGCUCUGCAGCACCCCUGGAUUGCUGGGGAUACUGCCCUGGACAAGAACAUUCACGAGUCUGUCAGUGCACAAAUCAAGAAGAAUUUUGCUAAGAGCAAGUGGAAGCAAGCCUUCAAUGCCACAGCAGUGGUCCGUCACAUGAGGCGUCUCCAGCUCGGCACGGGUCAAGAAGGGUCCAACCCGGCUCAUCUGCUAAUGCCAGAGGAAGAUGCAGAAGCUUGCUGUGAGGGAGGAUGCUCCCAGAACGUCGACAGCGGAGUAGAUCCUCUGUCCAGCUGUCCAACAUACCGCUGCCACCCGACCAGCAGGGUGUGAUCCACACCUGCUCCACUUACCUGUGUAAUCAAUCCCAAGUCGCUUUCCAAUUUAUCUCCCUCAGUGGCACCAGAGACGCUCUCCCCUCUUAUCUGGUUGCUGGAAUACUGAGUCAUUCCAACCUCUCAUCUGCAGGGGGAGCAAGCCAGCCCAGCCUGAAGAGGAAAGUCAUAAAACGGGUUGAAAGAGGAGGGAGAUUUGAUGAUAAAGAUGAUGAUGAUGAUGCUCCACAGUGGGUGAUUUUUGGGAUUAGUUUAAAAGGGGGGAGAGGAUACCAAUGAAGGAGGGGAAGAUGACCUUCUCCAUCAGCGUCUCUGGGGUUGUUUUUGCUGAAGCAGGACAGAGCUUAUUGGACACUGUUUUUAUUAUUAUUGUUUUUUCUUUUUAAAUUCAGUUUGUCUCAUUGUUUGUUUUUAUUGUUUUGUAUAUUUUUGUCUUGUAUUUUUAAUGUUCCUUCCUACUGUUAGACUUUGGAGUGUAAAUCCAGAAACAAUAUCUGCAUGAUCAGGAGAGAAUUUCCCAAUGCAUGUUUUCAUAUUUUUUUAAAAAAACAUACUCUGUUGCAGAAAUGCAGCAUCGCAGUACGAUACAAAUGAUGGAGGGCCAGAACAGCGGAGCAUUUUGGCAUUUUGCAGCAUUUGAAACAAAACUGAGUCAAAUCAUGUAAUAUUACAGAUCUGCAUUCUGUGUCUUUAAGUCAUGCUUUUAGACAAUCAGCAACAGAAUAGUUUAUGCAAUGAAUACUCCAUUUAUUUACUAUGUAGCCUUUCUUGUGGUGAUACAGUGUUUCCAUGAAGUGGUUAGGCUCUUUGAGAGGAAAAAGUUUCUCCAUUUAUCUUUUUUCAACCCUCAACCUCUUUAACCACUUGCACACAGGGAUUUCUCCUUGUCUAAGGUGCCUUUAGGAUAUACACUAUGAUGGGUCUAUUGGUGAGAGUUCUUGCAACAGAACCUCUUUCUGUAACUUCGUAUUUUGUACAUGUCACACUUGGAGCUUUAAGAUAUAGUUUUACGGUUAAUUACCGUCAUUUUUAGACUGGAUGCCUGCAGACAAAAAUGUUAAGCUAAUGGUAUUUUUCAUCCAUUGUUAAUGAAAAUAACAUUGAAAUCCUUAAAAUAUUACAGGGUAUAUCAACAAGGGACAGCUUUGAAACUGGUGUUUAUAAAGACCUACUUCACACCCAUCAGUGCAUAUUACGUAAGCAUAAAAAGUAAAUAUUUCACAUUUAUUACAUUCAGUUCCCUUUAAAAACAUACAUAGAUGAACAGUUUCAUUGGUCUUUUUACUGGCUUUUAUAAUGAAUCUUAGUAUGUGAAUGUUGGAGAAUCUAUAAAUGUUCAUUUAUAGCGUGUUCAUGUUGGUUGCUGCAGAUGUAAAGGCGCUGUGUAAAUUUAAUUGGCUAAUCUGUAUUUUAUGCUCUGGGCAACAUUACAGUGACUCUCAGAGCUCUCAAAAGCAGGUUAAGUGAUCAUCUCUGCCCUCAUGUCGCUCCAUCAUUGACAUGAUCACAGUUGCUUUUUAGCUGAUCAUUCUUGCUCAUGUGAUUUUGUACUGAUUAUGUAUGUUUGCAUGAUGUGGUAUGAAAAUUGUGACUUUUUCUUAAAUUGUACAGCUGCCAUGAGAUGAGUGCAAGUAAAAGGAAAAUGUUUUUUAUUUGAUUAAAAAAAAAUACUAACAUUUCAACAGGUUCAAACAAGUUCAGUGUGCUGCUUCAAAAAGUAUUUUUGACCUUAUACCUUAUAGUUGGUUAGGCAUUGUACUGUAUUUGAAUGAUAAAAAAAAAAGGGUAAUUAUUUUUUCAGGAAUUUUUUGUGUAAAUUGUAUGUCAUGAGUUGGUUGUCAUGAAGGAGAGGAAGGCAUACACACAUGGAGGCAGCCAGAUUUUGGAGCAUUUAAUAUUCAAAUGAUCCACUGCUAAUGAAAACAUCUCUAAUUCGAGUCAUAGUUGGCCGUGUCGCUUUAAGAAAGUUACAUCACAGUCAGUAACAAAAGAAAUAGAUUUAAAAUGUUCCCUCAAAUCCUCCAUGAAAAGCAUUCUUUCAGCUGCUCCUUUUUGGGGUCACCACAGCAGAUCAUAUGCCUCCAUCUCACCCUGUCCCCAGUGUCCUCUUCUGUCACACCAACCCUCUGCAUGAAAAACCUUUUACAAGGAAAAAUCUAUUGAUAAUUGGUGAGGUGAUGGAUGUUAUAUCGAACACAAAAGCUUUAAAAAAAAAGUUCUUGUCCUUGAAAGUUCUAAUUUGUCUGCUGAGGCAAAAUUUAAUUGUGCCAGGAAAUUAAAGAUUUUUACAUCCCAGUGUAAUAAAAUGUGAUGGGGAAAUACAACCAUAUCCCAUUACCUGAUCAAUCAGCCAUUUUGGUAGGAAAGCAGUCGGAGUGAUACUGGGAACAUGUAGGGAAAGGAAGUGAUAAUGACCAAGAGGGUGGUCUCAUAAAUUGCUACUGCUUUUGGCAAGUUUCAUCUAUAUAUUUUACUCUGCACCACUCUAAAGGAACUAGAAACUUGUAGCUUGUAGAGAAUGACCAAUGUGUGGUAAUAUUUGUACUUUAAUUAUGUUGCCUUUAAAAAAAAAUCAUACUGAAAUAUCUACUGUGUACACAGAUGCAGUGCAUCAUGGGUUGUUGAAAAGUGACUAUUGCUUAGUGUGAAAGCCAGUGACUUGUACUUGGAACACAUUUGUAAGGGAAACACAUUAAAAUCCUUGUCUAUGCAUCAUGAAAA